AUGCAAGUUUUUCAAGAAAUUAUUAGCCUGAAUCCAGAUUUCUUUGAAAAACUUGUUAAUGAUAUAUUAGACCAUGCAUACUCUAAACGUUGGUUUGAGUUAGGAAGUUGUAUUGUUGACUUAUUUUCGUCAGACGCAAUAGUAGGCGAAAGACUAAAUAUUUACAAUAAUUUUGUCAAAAACUACAUUACCCAUCUUAACCAAUUACAUCUUACCAAAUCAAUUAUACUUGCUGCCCGAGAUUUAACUUCGCCUCUAAAAUGUUUAGAAUUUCUCAAAGAAAAUAAAAAAUUGAUUACCAAAAGACAAUUUUCAGUUAUAAUUGAUUUACAAAUGGUAAAUUUAAUGUCACAAAAUGGACUCUUCGAAGAGGCCAUUCAAUUAUUAGCAGAAGCAGGUGAUGAUAUUUCUGAAACAUCACCUAUUUCAGUCAGAAUAGAAUACUGCAGAACUAGAUGUGAGCUAGACAAAGCCAGAAGCGAUUAUAAUUCACUUUAUAUUGAUUAUUUUUAUUAUUUAUCAACAUCAUCAAAAUCCGAAGGCCUAUUAAUUGCAUACGAUAUGUGCAUUGCAGCACUCCUUGCAACAGACGUGAUUUCAUUUCAAGAAUUAGCUUCUCAUCCGAUUUUAAAUUCUCUUAAAGCUACAGAUAACGAAUGGAUCAGAAAUUUAAUCAUCUUGAUAGAUACAGGCGAGCCAUCAAUUUUAAAAACUUUCGAAAAAGAAUAUAAACAGAAAAUUUUAUCAAAUCGAUUUUUAGCUCCUUACAUACAAAUGAUAGAAGAUAAGAUAGUCAUGUCGAUAUUCUAUACUCUUGUAUUUAAGAAACCAUUUAAAAAUAGAAAAAUACAAUUUUCUGAAAUUAGUGAAGCUUGUCAGAUACCAAUCGAGAAAGUUGAGUACCUAGUCCUUAAAGCGUUCGCCCACGAUAUCAUUAAGGGCUAUAUUGAUGAAAUUGAUCAAAUUGUCGUAGUAAUAUGGUGCAAACCAAGAGCUUUAAGUAUUGAUCGCUUGAAACACCUUAAGAACGAAAUAGAUAACUGGCGUGAAGUCGUUAACAGAAUUAGAACAAAAGGAUUGAAAAAUGCCGACCAAAUUUAA